AUGGGGGCUUAUGCUGCUGCUGGUUUUGCUGCUGCAACGGCGGAAGCAGCAGCAGCAGAAGCAGCAGCAAAUGCAGCAACAACAGCAGCAGACACGGCCGUGGGGAUGGGCAGCCACGCGACGGCCUUCCAGCCAGACCAUGCUGCUGCUGCAGCAGCAGCAGCAGAAGCAGCAACAGGGCCCCACUAUCAGCCUCUGGUGUAUUUGUCAGCAUGCAAUGAGCAGCAGCAGCAGCAGCAGCAAAUUGCUGCGGUAGGGAGUCCUUACUGCAGCGCGGGCGGCGCUGGGGUGUACGGAGAGUGCAGCAGUUGCUGCAGCAAAGAAGAAAAUGUUCCUCUUUUGAUCCCGGAGGCUCUGCGGCGCGCGGUGCCUGGGGUUCAGCAGUAUUCAAAGGCCUAUAAUAUAUGCAUGCAGCAGCAGUGCCCCCCUCUGCAGCAGCAGCAACAGCAGCAGCUGCUGCAGCAGUCGCUGCAGCAGCAGCAGCAGCAAAAGCACCCCAAUGUAGCCGUUCACAGUGGCACGCUCAGCUGCUGCAGCAACAGCAGCCUGCCGGCCCACGAGGAGCCUUGUGCUGCUGCUGCUGCUGUUUUCUGUGGGAGCCCUUUGCUGCAGCAGCAGCAGCAGCAGCAAUAUGUUCAGGGGGGGGUGUGCUGCAGCAGCGGGACCGCGGAGCCGUUCUCCCCUGCUGCUGAUGGCUGCUGCUGCUACUCCAAUGUGCAGCAGCAGCAGCCGCAGGUGCUGAUGCAGCAACAGCAGCAGGUGAUGCAGCAGCAGCAGCAGAUUAUCAGUCCUUAUCUGCUAGAGGAUCCACAGCUGCUGCCUGCGGGUAGCUGCAUGCCCGUAGAAUGCAUGCAGCAGCAGCAGCAGCAACAGGAGCAGCAGCAAGUGCUGCAGCAGCCUACCGUGGGCGAGGCUUACUGCGGCUCUUACUUGGAAGCCCUCGGGCAGCCGUUUGAAUGCAUGCAGCAGCAGCAGCAGCCGCAGCAGCUUGUACAGCUGCAGCACUGCAACGGUUUGCUGCUGCUGCAGCAGGAGCAGCAGCAGCAGCAGCUGCAGCGCAGCAUGUCCGAUGGCUCAACAGUCUCUUCUUUGUGUAUCCGUGGCGCCUCUGAGGAGAGCGGCAUCAGCAGCGUCAGCAGCAUCAGCAUCAGCAGCAGCAGCAGCAGCAGCAGCGAGGAGAUGCACCGCUUCUCUCACGGGCGAACAGCUCAUCAGGUAGACGACGCGCUGCUGCAGCUGCAGCAGCAGCAGCAGCAGCACGAGCAGCGGCAGCA